CAUUGCAAAAUAGGAGCGAAAAUCGAUUGAAGCGUUCCCUUGCAGUGGGUUCGCGAGGAUACUUCUCCUGCAUUGUCCAUCCGAAGGUAGCAGCAGCAGCAGUGUAUGUGUGUUUCGCUAUAAGUUCAAAUUACGGUGCAUCAAUCGACGCGCAAAAAAAAAAGGAAAAUCAUGUGUGAAUUGCACCGUGAAUAGUGCAAAGGGUGUUAUUUGGAAAUCCAGCGAAGGAGAGAAGAAAAGUUGAAUGAAUUGAAAGUUUCGUGGUUAAUUUUUGUGCUCGCGGUUGCCGAAAUUCAUCAAUUUGGUAUGUACCUAGUUGAUACAGAAAGGCAGAAGACGUGAGGCUUUUGGAUUUGUGAGUAUGUGUGAAUAAUUUGUUGUGUGUAAAGCUUCGAAGAAAUCCAACUCCAAUCCAAUCCGAUCGAUCGAUCGAAAGUGAAAAUGGGAGCAAUCGAUGGCCCCAGCAGCAGCAGCAGUAGCAGAAGCGGUUGCAUCGGUAGUGGCAAUAGUAAUCAACUGCAAAAGCCUGUGUGUGGUUUGAAAAGAAUAAUCAUUAAAAUGGCCAAAGCGCCCCAAGGUCGGUGCUCGCCGUGUCGCAACUAAGAGUCUAGUAGAAGCACAGCCCAUAAAAAAGUGGUGUUAACAUAUUUUACUUUACUGACGAAAGAAGCCAAAAUUCUAGAAUCGAAAUAAGUGCAUAGUCGAAACGCACGCAUAGUUUGUUGGGGGUUAGUGCAGAGAGAGGGGGGAUUGACGCAAUACACGAGUGCUCCGGCCUCGGUUCGGGCAAAUUCGAGAACGGCGGCUGAAAAAAACUUCCACUACAGGAAUGGAGUAUGGGCAAGGAGAAACGACGACGGAAGGUACCACCGGCCAGCAGAUGGCACGGAUCGAGGAUUACAGCAACGUGAGCACAUCGAUGCAAAAUUUGACACAGGAUGAACCGGAUAAUCUGAAGAAGAGCAUGAUGUCCAUCCAGGAGGAGCUCGACCAAAUGGGCAUCAAAAACGACCAACCGCCAGCCUACUCGCAAGCCAUCGCCGGGGACGACGCCAACAUCACCGACAGCAGCGUCGACAAUGACAAUGUGUGCCAGAGUGGGUGGCCCAACAUGCCGGGGGCAGUACCGGGGGCGGCCCACAAACCAGCCGGCUGGAUGGAUGGCCUGUUCGGUUGCAUGCGGCCCGUCCUGUCGCUGAUAGGCAAAAGCCACAUUAUGGAGAUGAAGAGCAAACAGACUGAAGACUGGGAAAUCCCCUUCGAGACCAUUACCGACCUGGUGUGGCUAGGCAGUGGCGCCCAGGGUGCCGUCUUUCGGGGCAAACUGCGCAACGAACUGGUUGCCGUCAAGAAGGUCCGCGAAGUCAAGGAGACCGACAUCAAGCACCUGCGGAAGUUGGAUCAUGAAAACAUUGUAAAAUUCAAGGGCGUAUGUACCCAGGCGCCGGUGUUUUGCAUAAUCAUGGAAUUCUGCCCGUUCGGGCCGCUGCACCAGAUUCUGGCGGACGGCAUGGACAUCAUUUCGCCACAUCGAUUGGUGUCCUGGUCACAGCAGAUCGCUAUCGGCAUGCAGUACCUCCACUCGCACAAGAUCAUCCACCGAGAUCUCAAGAGUCCCAACAUUCUGAUUGGCGAAGGUGAAGUGAUCAAGAUCAGCGAUUUCGGAACCUCGCGCGAAUGGAACGAGAUCAGUACAAAGAUGAGUUUUGCCGGCACGGUGGCCUGGAUGGCACCGGAGGUGAUCCGCAACGAGCCCUGCAACGAAAAGGUCGACAUCUGGUCCUACGGGGUGGUCCUGUGGGAACUGUUGACCGGAGAAGUGCCAUACAAGAACGUGGACUCGUCGCAGAUAAUUUUCGGCGUUGGAAAUAACUCGCUCUACCUGCCGAUUCCUUCGAGUUGUCCCGAGGGAUUCAAGCUGCUCAUCAAACAGUGCUGGAGUCCGAAGCCACGAAACAGGCCCUCGUUUAAGAUAAUCAUGACGCACCUGGAGAUUGCAGGUCAUGAACUGCUGCGGCUAUGCACCGAAGAGCAGGGCUACUAUGAAACGCAAAAGUCCUGGCGGGAGGAAAUCCGAAGCCAUAUGCAGAAGCUGACCAGCAAUGGGAUGAACAUCCAAAAGUACGAACAGGAGCUCAUCAAGAAGCGGAAGGACGAGUGGAAGCACGCUCAGGACAUCCGCAUGAUCUACGAGCGGAAGUUGGAACGGACGAAUACCAUGUACCUGCAGCUGAGUGCGAUCUUCGUGCAGCUGGAACAGAAGGAGAGGGAGAUUGCGGAGCGUGAGAAGCAGCUCCCCGGCUACAAGCCCCGUAAAUGUGGCAAUCUACUCAAGCGCAACGGAGACAAAGCCGGUCGGAAGCGUGCGACGCUCACCUUCCAGUCAGCGGCGGCAACGAUCCUAUCGCCAGGUCAACAGACGCAGGCGACACCGCUCUCGCCAGAAGGUACGCCGGUCGUUCCCGGCGAAUCUACGAUGCCUAGUCCAACGUCCGCCCCAAACAGCCCCAUGAAGGCUACCCUAUAUGCUCAAUUAGAUGGUACGAAUCAUAGCCCCAAGUCGGUGGUCAUCAUCCCUCCCGGGGUGGUGGCUUCCGGUUCCAAUUCGGCCGGUAGGACGAAAAAAUUCCGCCACAGACGGGUCGGUUCCGGCACGUUCAAUUCUCCCAAAUCGAGCCCUAGCCGGGAUCGGCGCGUCCAAAGCGAACCGGAAACCCGCCACGUUAAGCUGGUGGACACCGAAACGCAAACCGAUGCGAUGGAUAUUAGUGAGACUGAUGCAAGCCCUAGUCCUAACCUGGCUUCGAAACGGAUGUCGACCAGCCUGCGUGAGGAUGAAGAAGAGGAAGAAGAACGACAAAAACGGGAUCCAAUCCCUGACCUGAGCCCAGCCCAGCCGCAAACGCCACAAGGGUACCGGUGUGGCAAACCCCAGUCAGAAGACGAUGGAGAAGUGCCUGAAGAUGAGGAGAAUGGAAACUCGAUCUCCACUCCCAUGACGAAUAGCCGAAGUAGCGACAUGCUGACGAGUAGUAACCACCAGCACCACCAGCUUCGUGACCUGGACGACGAGGACGAGGAAGAGGACGAACGUGCCUGCUCGAGUCCGGAUCCGAUCAUGGAUGCAAUGAAUAGCAACGAACGAUUGGAUCGUGACUGCAGUGAUGAUGAUAAAAUUGACACAUUGGACCGUAAGGUGAGCUUUAUUUCGGAGAAGCUGCAGCAGCAAAGCGUGAAUGGAGUCGGUGGACACGUGCAGCAACUGACGGAUUAUAGCAACAUCCUGAACGAUAACAAUGUGAUUGUGUAUCGGGCCAAUAAGAUGCUCAACGGGAGUUUCGGAAAGGGAGGUAAACGAUCAGAUGGCGCAAUACUGAUGAAGCAUCCUACGGCUGGAAGCAACUUGAACCCUGGAGGCAGCGCUGUCGGCGCUUAUGUGUACAGUGGAAAUGGAGUGGGUGAAGAUCAUAUGCCGAGGCAGAGCGAGGAACAGUGCAACGACAGCUGGACUGACGAGGAGGGCGAGGAUCCGAUUGAACUGUACAACUAUGCGCUGCGACGAAAGAGCAUUGCCCGUCUCCCGAUCAAGCGGGGCCGCCGUAAGCUGUCUCCAAACUCGGCUCUCGCCGUAAAUUCCGCAUCUGCUCAAUGCUAUCACCAUCCAACCUCUCCGUCGUCCAGUGCUUCGCCGGUUGCCGGUGCCCUUGGGACAUCGUCCACUUCGCCCUGUUCACCGGUGGCCGGCGGUGCGGCAGCCGCAGCUCCAUCCAUCAUCCACAUCAAACACGCAUCGAACGUGACCAUCUCGGACGAGGACAACACCUCCGAGUACAGUCACGCUCCGUCCAGCCAACGGUCCACCCUGGAAAGCAAUCCGGAGCUGCCGUCGGUCAUCAAAAGACAUCAGGACCGUCAUCAGCGGAUCAAACAGGCCAUGCAAAAGAGUACGACCUCGGCCAAGGACACCGACGACGACGAUGAUGACGAAGACGAAAUCGAAAUCGACUCGACGAACGACUCCAGUGAAUCCAGCUCGGAUGAGGACAACGCAACGGUUGGGCAGGGAAAAUGCCGCCGCGCCAACAAGGACGAGGAGAAUGGCAAUAGUUAUUAGACUGUUUAAGGGAACGCUGGUGGGAAAUCAAUGGCUGAAAGGGAAGAGAGUGUGAUUUACGAGAGAUCUUAUUCUUUGUGGAAAACUGUGUUGAGAUUAGUUGUUUAUUUUCAUUUUCUGUACUCUGUGGAGCAAUACUAUGUUAAGGAUCGUUUUUUUUUGUUCGUUUUGUAAGUUAGUGUGUCCAUUCCGGGUUUCGGUCCAAAGGAGCGAAUCCCUCUUUCUCUGUUCAUUCCGUUUCAGCAUUGUGAGAAAAGACUUUAAUAUAUAAUAAGCGAUAUUACACGAAAUAAUAUUAACUUUAUUAUAUAUUAAUCGAGAUAUGCAGAAUGCGAGUAGUAGAUUACCUACGGAUAAGAGUCGAAAACAAAACCAGCAGGAAUUAUGUUUAGUGCGUAAUGUAUUGAAAUUUCUAGCCAACGCAAUAGAGGGCUGAAUUAGCGUAUUUAAGCGGUAAGCUACCUUAUUGUAAAAAAUACCUCCAUGAGAAGUUCUAUUUCCCAAAAUGUGUAAAUUAUUAGUUUUUUGUUUUACAACUCUGAGUUCAUGAAAGUGAUACAAAUCGUGAUUUUUUUUUGUGUACGAGUCUAGAGAUACGCAUAAGUGGAAAUCGAUGUGAGAUGUAGAAAUAAAUAAUUGCUAAGGCAAACCCCACUAUUACUAUUCAACACAAUUUCGUCCAAUAUUGUAAUUUAAACAAGACAUUAUUUCUCGGUGCCCCUCCUUGAUUGAUUGAUUGAUUGAUUGAUUGAUGGAAAGAAGUAUUUUUAUUCUGAAACAAUUUUGAUAGUUUGCAAAGAAAAAUAAUCACUCAAGAUGUCAUCGCCUUAACAGUUGAACACUCAAUCGCACGAAUCAUCGUUGGAAAUCGGAAUUGGUACCUGCUUAGAUGUUGAUAUGAAACAACACCCAAUUACACAGUAACAAUCUAUUGGACUUGCUCUGAUUAUUCCUUUCUUUGAUUAAUACCGACAAGCUUCUACACAAUUUAAAACUAACAAACUGCAUGCUAGCUUUUAUAGAAAGGAUUGACGACGAAGAAAAUUAAAAAGUAAAAGACUAUUUUUGGAACAGUAUUUUUUCGGUUGCAACUUUUGAUUGCAAGCAUACAGUGUAGCUUCUUAGAAGAAUUAUAAACCAGGAGAAACACCAAACCAGUACUUAUUAAUAGAAAGGACAUUCCGUAUAACUACAAAUCAGCGACUAAUGUUUCGAUGUUACACAAAAUAUAACCUAUUUGGCGUUGAAUUUUGAAAACUGUAUAAGCAAAACAAACAUGUAGCCAAAUUCAUUCCGCAGAAAAAAAAUCAUUGGCCAAGCAAAACGUUGAAAAUGCAUCAAAAUUAAGCGUUGUUGAAACUAUAUAAUUAACAAAUGAAAGAAACACAAUGUACGAAAUUUGAACUUUGAAUAAACAGCAUUCCUGUAUCUACUGCUAGACCUAAUCUUAAAGCAAAACAAAAUGCUGACUAUACAUAGAGAACCUUACCGUAAAAGUAGCUACAUCUUAAAACAAACAAAUAAUAAUCUAAGCUAAGCAGGAAAAAUAAAAGACACAAAACAAAAUCCACUGUUGGUAACUCUAUAAUACGUGUAACUGUACUGUAAAAAAAAACCUGAUGCCCUACUUCGGAAAAGAAGAUGAUAAAAAAAUGGAAAUGACAACCGGAAAAUAAACGAGGAGA